GAACGCCCUGCGAUUAUGUCAGAUCGCGUGCAGAGCGAACCAGCCCAGCCUUUGAACUUCACCGCUUUUGGCUCUCAUUCACGCGCUACUCCUCAUUUCCCAGCCAGGUGCUUCGCGGGGCGAGAAUCCUCCGAGAAAAAAAGCAGGCAAACAGAUUGCGGAAACUUCGCUUCCGCGCUGGAUUUUGUGGCGCGCUUGGCUGUUCUUCUCUGAGCCGAACAGUGUCAAGUGUUUUGAAGAAGAAAAAUCUUUCAACUUCACGACAAACACGGAAGAAUUACUGGAUUUUUUUUCUCCAUUGAUGCCGUUUCCCUUCUCCUCCUGCUCUUUAGAAGUGGCAUGAGCCGUGUCUGUCUGCAGGACAGGUGAAUACUUGUUUUUCUCUUGGUUGGUCGAAGAACUUUUUCGUUGUUAUUUUAACAGGGAAGUUUAAACGGGCGCCUUGAAACAUGUCAAAACCGGUAGAUCACAUCAAGAGACCAAUGAACGCCUUCAUGGUCUGGUCAAGAGGCCAGAGGAGGAAAAUGGCUCAAGAGAAUCCAAAAAUGCACAAUUCCGAAAUAAGCAAAAGACUUGGUGCCGAGUGGAAGCUGCUCUCUGAAUCCGAAAAGCGACCGUACAUCGACGAGGCCAAGAGGCUGAGGGCUCAACACAUGAAAGAACACCCAGACUACAAAUACAGACCCCGGCGCAAGCCCAAGAACCUCCUCAAGAAGGACAGGUACGUGUUUCCUCUGCCCUAUCUGGGUGACACGGAUCACCUGAAAGGACUUCCAGUCUCAGCCACGGACUCGCUCUUAAGUUCCGCGGAAAAAGCCCGUGCGUUCCUGCCACCAACAUCUUCCCCCUACUCUUUCCUCGACCCGAGCCAGUUCAGCACCAGUGCCAUCCAGAAGAUGACAGAGAUGCCCCACACGUUGGCCACCAGCACUUUACCUUACGCAUCAUCUCUGGGAUACCAGAACGGCGCAUUCGGGAGCCUGGGUUGCCACAGCCAGCACACCCACACCCACCCGUCGCCCACAAACCCUGGGUACGUGGUGCCGUGUAACUGCACCGCAUGGUCGGCAUCGAGUUUACAGCCGCCUGUUGCCUACAUACUGUUCCCAGGUAUGACCAAGAGUGGGAUUGACCCGUACUCAUCAGCACAUGCCGCUGCUAUGUGACUGCACCGCUAGUCUCCUCUUUGAAAACUUGAAUACAGCAAUGCAUGUACAUAAGAAGUGAGGAAUGAUCGAGACAUUUUACUGAGGCCGUGUGGACAUGAACUUUUCACCAUCUACGAGAGGUUCAUUGGAUCCCAGCAUGGAUCUUGGAAUAGAUAAGGCAGGUGCCCAGAACUGUAAGAAAUGUAAAUGUUCAAACGUUUAUUAUUAUGGCUACCGGAUUUGGAUGCCUUUAAUUUUAUUUAUUAUGUACGAUUUGAUGAUAUAAUAAUGAUAAUUUUGUUCGAACAGUUAAUAUAAUUGUUAUUCUCAUCAUCAUAUUAUUAUUAUUAUUAUUAUUAUUUGAAUGACUUUGAUUUGCACAACUAACGAUUAGGAUUCAUGUUUCUUGUACAGCCUGUUGUAUUUACCAUUAUGUUUGGCACUCUGAAAUUCAAAUGAUACGACUAUAAGGAUUUCAAAGUGAGACAUCUCAGCGUUUAGAUUAUACGGGUUAUAUUGUUUAUAAUUAUUACACCGGCACCUAAAAUUAGACAGUCUAUUUAAAAUAUCAAUUGUGGGGGGAAAAAAUCCUUAUCUUUCAAUAUUUUUCAUUUGGACUUUUUUUGUUCUGUGGUUCAAGUGCUAGUCACUCGUUCAUUUGAUUUCAGACAGACUUAAAGUUUGAAGCGAAGCAGUUCAUGUUGUAUUUUUUAUCUGCGAUGGAAACUUAAAUCCUGUCAUGUUAAUGGAAAGGAAAUGUAUCUAAAAGGGUGAUACCUCGAUUCUUUGUUCAUUUGCCGAGCAAAGACAUUUUGAAUAAAGACAAUCUGUCUUAAAAAAUGCA